ACUCAAAAGCGCGAAAGCAUAUUUUUGUAACAAAAAAAAAAAAAAAAAGCUCAAAAGCGCGGUGGAGCGGGAAUCGAUUCUGGUUUCAUAUAAGUUGAAGCUAUAAGCUAUGGAUUUUGGAUGCAAAGACGUUAGCGUUUGGAAAGAAGCACUUUCUACUUACACAUCACAAAUACAAUCACUUUCUCUAACCAAAAACAAACCCAAUUUAGUUUCUCUCAACCAAUUUUACUGCAAUGAACUCCCUUCACUUCUUCACCAACGAAACCCUAACCCUUUCAUCACCACCGAAGAACUUUCCAAACUCAUGCAAUGGAAACUCACCCGUGGUAAAUGGAGGCCGCGUUUGUUGGAUUUUGUUUCUUCGCUAGAUGAAGACGUAGUGAAAAGUGCUUCUGAGAAGGCUUUUGAGAGUCUUCCUGAUAUAUCAAAAGCGAUUACUGAGUUAAGUUCGUUGAAGGGAGUUGGUCCUGCCACUGCUUCUGCUGUUUUGGCUGCUUUUGCUCCUGACUUAACUCCUUUCAUGUCUGAUGAGGCUAUGCAAGCUGCUCUUGGAAACUCUAAAGAUUAUACGCUUAAGCAGUAUCUAAUAUUUGCCAAUAAACUGCAGGAGAAAGCAAAGGAACUAAGUUCAGAAGAGGCCUCAUUUACUCCAUCUGAUGUAGAAAGGGCUUUGUGGAGUUGUGCUAUAGGGAAGUCAUCAGCACCUCAAUCAAAUAAAGACCCCAAGACCAAUCCAAGCAAGAGCUCUAAAAGAAAGAGAAAACCAUGACACAUAUAAGUAGAGCAGUUAAUUACUUGAAUCACAAGUAAUGUCUGUCCUUUUUAUGCUAUGCUAGUCCCCUUUAUUUUGUUGUCAUAAGUGCCAACAUUCCUUUCUUGAAAGUGGGCUUGUGAUGUAACUUAGAUGCUUGCAUGAACUUCAUCUUGUUGAUGUUAACACAACAUAGCUUAUCAAUAAUUUCUAAAUUGUGCUGGAUA